ACCGGGUUUUGAACUUUUGGUUCCAACUUUCAACGCCUCCUCUCUCCAUUUCUGCAACCGGGUUUUGAACUUUUGAAUCCACUUCGUCGCUUUUCAAUUUCGAUUUGGGUUUCGUGAUGGCGACGAGGAAUCGAACUCCUCUGUACAGAAAGUACAGAGAUUCUCUGAGGAGCGUUAGAUCGCCGAUCUCUUCUCAUUCGCCUUCUUCUUCUUCUCAAACGUCGUCUGGUCCCGUAAUCGAAUUGGUGAACACUUCGCUUCUGCAUCCGAAUCGGUCUUAUACACCACUCAGUACCGAAGAUCCAGGCAGUUCCAGUGGGGGCGCACUGACAAUAGGUCUACCUCCAGCUUGGGUGGAUGUUUCUGAAGAAAUAGCUGCAAAUAUGCAACGUGCACGAGCAAAAAUGUCAGAAUUAGUCAAGGCUCAUACAAAGGCUUUAAUGCCAUCUUUUGGAGAUGGAAAAGAAGAUCAACGCAUGAUUGAGGCUCUUACCCAAGAGAUCACUCAUCUGCUGAAGAAGUCCGAAAAGAGUUUACAGAAGUUUUCUGCAAGUGGGCCUUCUGAGGAUUCGAAUGUUAGAAAAAACGUACAGCGUUCUCUUGCUACAGGCCUUCAGAAUCUUUCAAUGGAGUUCCGAAAGAAGCAAUCAACUUAUUUGAAGCGUCUUCGGCAGCAAAAGGAGGGACAAGAUGGGUUUGACUUGGAGAUGAAUUUAAAUGGAAUUAAAUCUAAAGUAGAAGAUGAUGACUUUGAUGAUAUGGGUUUUAAUGAGCACCAAAUGGCCAAGAUAAAGAAAAGUGAGGCAUUUACAGCAGAAAGGGAGAGAGAGAUUUCCCAGGUUGUGGAAUCAGUGAAUGAGCUUGCUCAAAUAAUGAAGGAUCUUUCAGUCCUUGUGAUAGACCAGGGGACCAUCGUUGAUCGAAUAGACUACAAUAUUCAGAAUGUUGCAUCCACAGUAGAGCAGGGUUUUAAACAGCUAGAGAAGGCAGAGAGAAGUCAGAGAAAAGGAGGAAUGGUGACAUGUGUUAUGGUACUUGUGCUUAUGUGCUUCAUCAUGCUGGUCCUCCUGAUCCUCAAGGAGAUAUUAUUUUGAUCCCUGCAUCUGCUAGUCUCCAUUCGAAAAUUCUUUUUGUUAACAGUCUCUUGCCUUCUGCUUACACGCUUGAAGAUUCAGAUGCGGUGCAUGCCAUUUGGGGGGGUUGCAUGGCCCCUGUUGAUACGUGAGAGCUUGUAUGAAACCAGUGUCUUUGGGAGAAACUGUGAAGGUGAUGGCUGCCCUGGGUACAUGUAUGAAGGUGUAUUCUAUUGUAUUUCGAAAUUGGCAACGGCAUUAUAGUGAAAGAUGAAGAAUCAAUUUUGAAAUACCUCAGGGGUUUUGGAGGUUGAUUCCCUGUAACCCUUAUACUGUCAAGAGUUUGAGAUUCUCCUUGCUUGUACCAAUUCUUUUAUGGAUAUUC